CCUCCCUUUCCGUGACACAGCCAGGGAUGUCCUACUGAACUGUUGAAUCAGCGCUCUGCUGACUUCUCUUUUCCAGUCAAAGGGGAAUUCAUGUACUUCAUGAUUCAUUGGGAACAUAAAAAAACAAUGCAGACCAAUCGCAGGAUUGUGAAGACAUCAAACUGUUCAAAGUACUGGCCGGGAACACACUCAAAGUGAAGUGAGUGAUACUUUUCUCAAGCUUUCCGUUUAUCAGGAAUCCCCAACAAAAUGUGAUUGCACCCAACAAACAACCUGAAGGAAUGUUACUGAAUAUUUGAGAAGACCUCCAUUGUCGAGGCUAAGAUGUUGAAGACAGAGGCCUCGGCAGAGAGGAAUACCCUGAGGAGCGCCUCCCCACACCGGAAUGCCUACAGGACGGAGUUCCAGGCUUUAAAGAAGGCGUUUGACCAACCGAGACAGGAUGGAGACCCCAAACUCAAGGACACGGAGGGGGUCAGGCAGCCUCGAGGGCGGCAAUACGGGGCCCAUGUUAGUCGCAUCAAGAACAUGUUUAUGCAGAUGGGGACUGAAAACACUGGGUCUAACAGACGAUCGAGGGAGGAGACCUCCCCGCAGAAACUCAACAAGCCAACAAACUUUGUCAACAGGGUGGAUGGGUCAGUGGUCAUAUUCCAGCAUGGCAAUGGAGAGCGGACUUCCGGUGGCCAGCAUAACUCAAAGUUUUCCGAAACAAGGAAACUCUUUGAGCAGAGCUCCAGAGAUGCUUCACAGUCGCCCGUGUACUCUUACGGCCGGGACAAGAGGGGUUCUCACGAGCAUUUGGAUGACUGGCGGGGGGCGCGUUCAAACCGAGGCAGUACAGACUCUUUAGAUAGUCUUUGCUCCAGGACAGAAGCUUCAUCUCCCACUGUGAGUCAGCUGAGUGCUGUGUUCGAAAAUAUAGACCAACAGGGCUCCAGUGCUACUUUCCGAAAAGGCCAUGGAGGUGGAAGAGGACUGUACUCCCCAGAUGGCUUACAGAGACAGGGGGAGGCCAGCGAGGAUGACACCAGCGCGCGACAGUCUCCGUCACAUGGUUUUAUCAGGAAGCGAGUGGGUAGCAAGCACAAUCUGCCGAUUUCAUCAUCUUCAGAAGAUCUUCUCAGUCCUAGUCCUCUGUCGGAGGCCAUGGACCAGGUGAAAACUGAUGAGAAGAAGCCCCAGGAAAAUUCUGAGGUAGUUGAUGGAUCUAGUGAACCCAAACCAAAAGAUGAGGUCAACUCAAACAACGCCGUAGAUGGUUCUUCAGCUGCGUCUCAAGUCAAUGACGCUGCAGGAAAUUCACAUGAGUCUGCAGCUACCAAGGUCCAUGAGGACACAGAUGGUCAUGUUAAAGAGGAGUCUAGCAGGAUUACCAAGGAUCAAACUGAAGAACCCAAUGAGGAAUAUUGUAGCAGUGAGAGAGUUAUUUUCAAUGCUGAUGGAGAUGCUUGCUACCAGGGCUGGGGGGAGAGCUGCACCGAGGAUGACCUAUAUGAUGAGGAUCUUUCUUAUGACCCAGGAUCAGAGAUUACAGAGAUUCCUGGCCUUCCAGAGGAGGCCAAGGAGGAAAUUCCACAAAAACGGAAAAUUAAAUUCAGCUGUGCUCCCAUAAAAGUGUUCAAAACCUACUCCAAUGAAGAUUAUGACAGGAGGAAUGAAGAGGUGGACCCGGUGGCAUCCUCGGCGGAGUAUGAGCUGGAGAAACGGGUGGAGAAGCUGGAACUUCUCCCUGUAGAACUAGAAAAAGAUGAGGACGGCCUGGGCAUCAGUAUUAUAGGAAUGGGGGUUGGCGCUGAUGCAGGUCUGGAGAAGCUGGGCAUCUUCGUCAAGACUGUCAUAGAGGGUGGAGCAGCAGAGAGAGAUGGAAGAAUUAAAGUGAAUGAUCAAAUCGUGGAGGUUGACGGCACCAGUCUGGUGGGGGUAACUCAGAGCUUCGCUGCUUCUGUUCUGAGAAACACACAGGGAGUGGUCAGGUUUCUGAUUGGCCGAGAGCGUCCGGGACAGCAAAGCGAGGUGGCUCAACUCAUCAGUCAGACUCUGGAGCAGGAGAGACGUCAGAGAGAGAUGAUGGAGCAACAGUAUGCCCAAUAUGAUGCUGAUGAUGACGAGACAGGAGAGUAUGCCACAGAUGAGGAAGACGAGGCAGGGCAGACAGGAACGGACCGAGAUGUGCCCAUUGAGGUUUUCGAUUUACCUGAGAACGAGGACAUCAUCUCGCCAUCAGAACUGGAUGCCACCAAACUUUAUCAGAAGUUUCGAGAGCUGCAGAUUAAACACACUGUCACUGAAGCUGAGAUCCAGAAACUCAAGAACAAGCUUGCCACUGUGGAAAAAGAGAAGGCACGGUGGGAGAGAGAGAAAACACAGCUGAAGCAAAGCAUCGAGGACAACAAGGAGAGGAUGCUAAAACUGGAGAGCUAUUGGAUUGAGGCUCAGACGCUGUGCCAUACGGUCAAUGAGCAUCUGAAGGAGGCCCAAAGUCAGUAUCAGGCCCUGGAAAAGAAGUACAACAAGGCCAAGAAGCUCAUUAAGGACUUCCAGCAGAGAGAGAUGGAGUUUGCUCAGAGGGAGGAUGCAGAGAAGAAGAGGCUGGAGGAGGCAGAAAAGGCUAAUUUGGCUGAAAUCCAGAGUCUUCAAGUUAGGAUUGCUACACUAGAGUCAGAGCUAUUGCAGCUGAUGAAGCAAAAUGGCAUCCAGAUAAACAAUAACAACAACAGCGCUGAGAGCCGAGCCCAGCUGACGGAGAGACUGACGGCCUUACAGUGUCCAAGGAGAAGUGUUGCUGGAGGGGAACUGGGCGAGUGGACGGGAACCAGUGGAACUCACCCUGAGAGAAACGACAGGGGCUCUGGGCUUCAAUCCUCCAGGGCGACCGGUGCCACAGAGACCAGGCUCAGGCUGGGACCUGAUAAUGAGGGCUCUUCAGCAAGUCAAAAUGAGAAAUCUGGCAAAAAACUACUAGACGUGGGCUCCACAGGUCCUUCAGCAGAAAACAGUCCUGAAAGAUGCAAGAGCAAGGGUCCUGGUGUCACUGAUGACCUCAGCCUCAGCAGCACCAGCUCCACAGAGAUCAGCGGCAUCCUGACAGACGCCAAGAUGUCUGGCCGAUCGCAGACACUAAUGCUCUCCUCAGAUGAGAGUGUGGAUAUGAUUGAAGAUGAGAUUCUAGACGACGGUCCUCCUCCGAAGCUGUACCAGUGGCAGAACCACAGUGUGACUGAAUGGACAUGUAAACAGGUGUCAUGCUGGCUCAUGGGUCUGAACCUGGAACAUUAUGUCUCUCUUUUUACUGCCAAGAAUGUGGAUGGAGAGCAGCUAAUGAAGCUGGACAACUCAGCCCUCAAGGCUCUGGGUGUAGAGUCCUCUCAGGAUCGGGCUCUGAUAAAGAAAAAGCUGAAGGAUCUGAAAGUAUUGAUGGAUAAAGCUAGAAGAAACAGAGAGAAAAUUGAGAAACAGCGCAAGAAAGAACUGGAGCAGGCUCAGAAACCGGUCCGGAAAAACAGCAACUCCUCCGGACCAGGAGAGGGCGCUACUGAAUGACACUAUUCACCUCACUACUGUCUCACCAUUAUGAGUACAGACCAGUUCAGCAUUUCACCCACUGAAAGUUCAUUUGAAAAGGGUCUUAUUGCUAUUGAGCUGCCAUUGGAUGAAUUGAAACCAAAAUUUCCAGAUACGGAUUUUGUUAUUUUUACCGAACAAUAUUCAGGUUGUCGUUUUUUUUCACGUUUUAACAGAAUGAUUACUGCUUUUUUGGUUUCCUAUGUUUUAUGUCUGAUUGAUAUCUAUUUAUUUGCAUAUGGAGAAUAUGUAUAUAUUGAACCAGAGCAUAUCAGCUCGUAGCUCAUCCAUGACAGUAAAAAAGCACCUUUAGACGUCGAGACAAUGUACAUAUGCAGAAAGCAUAUAUAUGAAUAUGUCUAACGUGCCAUUUUCUAUCAAAAGGAGGAUCGUUUGUUAAGUGAACGAGGAAAGUUUUUAAUACGAUAGCUUUGACAAAGCACAGGUCAUAGUGAUGGACAGUGUUGCUGUUGAGUGUCUCUUCACCAAAAAGAGUUUGGGUGCUGCUCACAAGAAGCACUACAGUCUGAUUCACUGUCAAACACAAACCCUACUGUGAGAAGAAAGCCAUUCCAACUGAUGAGAUAUCAUGGACCCUCUGUGUGGAUAUUUCACUGUAUACUUUGAACCUCCUGUCUGGAUCUCCUUCAUCGACCUGCCACUAUUCAAGAUGAAUACACACGAAGUGUAUGCUCUUCUCCAAGCUUAAAUCCUCCUAAUGGUAUUUGGGGGGGAAAUGGUGGCAGUAGGAUACUUAACGAUUUCAGGAGUCCGCUAUCUUAAUUUUUAAACAGCUGCUUCUAUUUCACAGCUACCUGCUGUAGCCCUCUCCAUCGCUCUGAGCUAGAUUCUCAGUUAGACCCAAGUGCUGCCUUUGAAGUGCUGUUUAGAUUUUAUUUUUUCUUUUAUGGUUUGUGGUUACAGUCCGGAUCACAGUGGUUGAGUGAAUGCACCUCUGUUUUACCGGCAUCCAAAUGUUGUAGAGCAGAUGACAAAUGUGGGAAAAAAUUGACUUAUCUACUGUAUGUACAGUACACUACCUUUCAAAAGUUACGGGUCAGUAGGAUUUUUUAAAGAAACUAAUGCUUUUAUUCAGCAGGGAUGCAUUGAAUUUAACAAAAGUGACAGUAUAGACAUUACAAAAUGUUACAAAUUAUUUUUUUUAUUUCAAAUGAAUGCUGUUCUUCGGAACUUCGAAGACUGAAGUAAUGAUGCUGAAAAUUCAGCAUUGCCUUCACAGGAAUAAAUUACAUUUUUAAAAUAUAUUUAAAUAGAAAAGAGUUGUUUUAAACUGCAAUAUUUCACAGUAGUCUUGUUUUUACUACAUUUUUGGUCAAAUAAAUCUGAGACUUAAAACUGACCCCAACUCUUAAACAGUAGUGUAUGUUAUUUCAUCAAGCUAGAUUUUAUUCAGUUUGAUCCCAUUGUUUUUAAUCAGUUAUUUGUCACAUUCACAAAGAAAGCACUGUAAUAUAGUAAAUAAGUAGUCUUUUAUAAUGUCAUUUACUGCAUAGACUAACCAGUAUUGCCUCUGUCAGUUUAUCCUGGGUUGUAUUUUUUAAUUUAUGCAACACAUUUUCCAUACUGUAUUUAUCAAUUGUAAGUAUUCAAAACACAGUAACCUACAGACAUCAUUUAGCAUUUCUGAAUGCUCUUUGACGAGUCACAAUAACCCUGUUCAACCCACAUUAUUUUCCCAAAUCUCAAUUUUAUCUGUCCAUAUCACAUUUUUCUGCAUUCGUGAUAAAACGUAUCGUUCAUGUUUACAUUUGAAUUACUGAUUAUUUCCGUAACAUCACAAAGGCAGCUUCAGUGGAACUUGAGCAAAGUACAGAGGACAUUAUGCAGUGAUUUAUUCAAAUGUGACUCCAUGGAAGAUUAUACUCAUUGUUAAUUACUGAAUUAUUUAUCUCUUAUAAUUUUAAGUCUGUCAUAGUCUGUUUAUUUCCCAAUCAAAGAAAUGUUUAUAAAUCAGUUCACAUUAUUUAUUUAUGAAGCAGAAAAUGAUUACCAAAAAACAUUUAAUUGUACUCAUUGAAAGAAUUAGGAGAUUGUAUGUUUGUUAAUUAACCCACAAUGCUCUUGUGAACAUAUCUUUAUUAUUGUAAUCGUGAAGAAGACGUUUGACUUAACAUUAUGAAAUCCUUUCUAACCCUCUGCUAUGAAUCAACUGAAAAAAAGAACCUGCUGUAGAUCCAAAUCUAACCUGCCUACCGAUAUACUGACUUUUAUAUGUUAAAGUUAAGCAAUAGCUUUUAAUCCUGGCAUUUUGUAUCAAUUCCAUGAGGAGACCGCAGACGGGGUCUGUCUCUUUGAAUGUGUCUGCGUGCAGGGAUAAUCACGUAUGGAUCUGAGGACAGAAAUGUGCUUCUCUUUCAUGGGUUAUUGGUUGUUUUCACUAUACCAUAGUCAGGGUAUAUAGAGGAACUGCACGCAACACCUGAGAAAAGAGCAUUAACCUGUGUAUUUUUGUUCUUCAUACCGGCAUGAGGGACCUCAGUGUGCCAUACCCAUUCUUUCCAAAACUACUCAAUUCUAUCCUUUAUUUUUGUUCAUGAAAAAUGUAAAGCCUUGUGAAAGUUUCUCAUGUUGGACUGUAAAUACACUUCAAGUGAAAUAUUUGAUCAGAAAAAUACAAUGAAAGAUCAUUCCAAACCUGUCUUGAGUUGUUCAUGUGCAAACCGUUUGUGGAUUCAGUGGAUGCUUUGAACGGUUCAGUAAAUGUAACCAUUUUACGUUUGGGUGAAUUGGAAUUUGUAUAUUAAAUCAUUAAUUUACAGAAAGGUAUAAUUCUUAGCAAAUAAAAAAAU